AUGGCGAGCAUCGACAAUCAAAGCACCGAUAAGAAGGAUAGCUGGGCUGGAGAGCGCAUCUCAGAGGUGGACAGUGGGUCGACUGGGCAGGACAAUGACGAGAAGAGCACGCUUUGGCAAAACAUCAAGAAAUACCGAAAAGUCGUCUGGAUCACCAUUGCGCUCACCUCUGCGAUUCUCCUCUAUGGGUACGACAACGUUGUUGUUGGUACCGUGUCGGCCAUGCCUGUUUUCCAAAAGGACUUUGGUAUCUUUUACGAAGGCCAAUGGAUUCUCCCCUCGACAUGGCUCGCUCUAUGGAACGUUGCAUCUCCCAUAGGUGCUAUGGCUGGCUCUUUACUCGGUGGAUGGUUUAACGACCGGGUCGGGCGAAAGAAGGCUCUCGCUAUCUCACUAGUCGCCGGAUUCUGCCUCCAGUGCUUCGCGGAUCUGGGAUGGCUCUCUUUCCUUGCCAUUACAUUGCUGGGUCAAUUGACUGGCGCGCUGGUCAUCUACGGAUCUCUCAACCGCGGUAAAGGCUAUGCUGUCGUCUUCGGCUCUCAAUGGCCAUUCUCGUUCAUUCCCAUCGUCGUGGCUUUCUUCAUCCCCGAAUCACCCGCGUGGUACGUUCGCAAACGCUACAUGGACAAGGCACACAAGGCGCAAGCUCGUUUGGAUCCCCCAGGCACCGACACGGCCAGUGUUGUCGCCAAGAUUCUUGCCACCAUCGAACACGAGGAACUCUCAGCCAACGCGACGUUCAUGGAGUGCUUCCACAAGCGAAACUUUCGCCGCACUUUCAUCGUCAUAUGGGCCAACUCUUUAACAUCCAUCUUCGGACUGCAGCUUCUGGCUAAGGCGUCUUACUUCCUCCAGCUUGUCGGCAUGAAACCCGGAACAUCAAUUAUCUUCCUCAUCCUCGGUAUCGUGCUCGGCCUGAUCGCAAACAUCAUUUCAAUCUGGGUCAUGUCGCGCGUUGGCCGCCGGAAGUGCGUUCUUAGCACAAUGGCUUUUGCAAUCCUCCUCUGGACCUCCAUGGGCGUUGCAAAUAGCACCAAAAUCACGCCAGCAGUGACAUGGUACACAGCCGCCUGCAUGAUGAUCACCAUCGUCGUCUGUGGCAUCGGCGUCUGGCCCGCCUCCUACGCCAUCGCCGCCGAAACCUCUUCCCUGCAACUCCGCGCUAAAACUCAGGGUAUCGGCUGGGCAGUAUCUGCGCUCACGUCCACCGUGUCCGGUCUCUGCUUGCCAUACGUGUUCAAUCCUGACGAGGGGAAUCUGCGAGGCAAGACCGGAUAUACGUAUGCGGCGAGCUGUGUAGUUGGUGUGGUGGUAAGUUACUUCAUCAUUCCAGAGAUGAAGGGCAGGACUGUCAAUGAGAUUGAUAGGAUGUUUGAGGAGGGGUUAAGUGCGCGGGAGUUCAAGAGUUGGACGGGAGAGGAGGAGCUGAGAGCGAGGAGUCCGAGGACGGAACCUUGGGUUUGA